UAUUUUUGAGUGUGUUUUUUUUGUGUUCGGUUCGCGGUUUCCAGUUGCUCCGCUUUUUAUGGCCCGCUCUUAAUCUUAUCGCAAAUCAAACCGCGGGCAAUGAGAAUUGUAAUUGCAUUUUUUGGCUAACGGCACCGGUAUCGCACAGUGGGCUUGAAUUGGGAUUGACAUUGUAUCCGUAUCCGUAUCCGUAUAACCGUUUAUCCAUAUAUCCGUAUAUCGAAUCCAAUACCAGAGAAUCGAAUUCUUAGGGUGAAAAAAUGCCAGUAAAGACAGUGAAUCGUCAGCAGAGCCAAACGCCAGCCCAGCAAUUGCAAAUGCAGCAGCAGCGGGACGUGGAAAAUGGCCUUUAUCCCACAAUUCCGCCCGAGCGCCGCUCGCCCCCCUCCCGUCCACAAACGUUGCGGCAGGACACCAUCGAUAUGGAGGAAAUACCACUCAACCAGAACAACGCCCAAGAGCCCGAGGAUCGGCGCAAAAUGCACGAGAUAUUCGACAAGCACGACUCCGACAGGGAUGGACUGAUCAGCACGCACGAGCUGAAGGAGCUCAUCUCGGAUGGGUAUUGCCGGGACAUCCCCGCCUACAUUGCCGAGCAGAUCCUGAAGCGCAGCGAUCAGGACAACGAUGGCCACCUGGACUUCGAGGAGUUCUAUGCGAUGUCCCUGCGCCACAAGUGGAUGGUGCGCAACAUGCUCACCCGCUACUGCCGCUACGUGGUGCCGCCCCCGAAACCCUUGGAGGGCGACGAACCGGACGGCGCCUACGAGAAGCAGAUGUCCAUCUGCCCGCCGCCGCUCACCAUGGUCCUCUUCUCGAUCAUCGAGAUCAUCAUGUUCCUGGUGGACGUCAUUCACUUCCAAGAUGAUCCCAACUACCAGGAUCGCAUUGGCGAGAGCACAAGCGGACCGGCGGCCACUCUUUUCAUCUACAAUCCUUACAAGCGUUACGAGGGAUGGCGCUUUGUGAGCUACAUGUUCGUCCACGUGGGCAUCAUGCAUCUGAUGAUGAACCUGAUUAUCCAGAUCUUUCUGGGCAUCGCCCUGGAGCUGGUGCAUCACUGGUGGCGCGUGGGCUUGGUCUAUCUGGCUGGUGUCUUAGCCGGAUCUAUGGGCACCUCGCUCACAAGUCCACGCAUUUUUCUGGCGGGAGCAUCGGGUGGAGUUUAUGCCCUGAUAACGGCGCACAUUGCCACGAUUAUAAUGAACUACUCGGAGAUGGAGUACGCCAUUGUCCAGCUGCUUGCCUUCCUGGUAUUCUGCUUCACCGACCUGGGCACCUCGGUGUACCGUCACCUGACCGACCAGCACGACCAGAUUGGCUAUGUGGCGCAUUUGUCUGGUGCCGUCGCCGGUCUGCUGGUGGGGAUCGGUGUGCUGCGCAAUUUGGAGGUGCGGCGCUGGGAGCGCAUUCUCUGGUGGGUGGCCGUCAUUGUCUAUUUUGCCCUGAUGACCACCGGCAUCAUCAUCCAUGUAUUCGUGCCCGACUACUUCCCCAAACAGGAGUACAACUAGUCGUAGAACUUAGCCCUAGCCCUAGCCUAGACCAUGUCCAAAGUGCACUUCGAUGUUGAGCCGAGGCUGCAGUACGCACAGUGUGAUAUCUAUAGGAUAUCAGAUCCCUCCCAUGCCUCCCAAAAUGCCGACCAUGUGCCUACGCGAGCUGCGAACAUAAUUUAUUAUCUUUAUCUUACACCUUGCCAUGGCAGUUUCAUCCCAUCCGUACGUAUGGUGUACGUAUUUUUAUAUAUUUAUAUAUAUUCUCGAUCUACAUGACGCAACGAAAUGUCUGGGGUGGUUUCCCAUUUAAACCCACACAGAGAACAAAACUCAGCUGCAUUUGUAUUGUACAUUUCGUGAUUUUUUUUUUUACAAAGCAACGAUUAAUCAAUGAUAAUGAGAAAUAUUUUUAAACAAAGUGUAUUGUAUAUU